UUCCCAUAGUUCCUUUGUGAGUGGCCGCCGUGCUGGAUGACAGCUAUCCGGCGGCGCCGAAACACCGAUAGACACUCAGACGAAAAAGCCAUGGCGGCCACGGGUGGAGGGAAAAUUAGAAGCAGGAGAUAUCAUAUCGCCUCUAAACCUUACGCCAAGAGUAAACAGCAGCAGUCAGGCCUCAUCAGUCGAGUGACAGACACAGUAAAGAGCAUCGUUCCUUCCUGGCUGCAAAAAUAUUUCAAGAAUGAAGAUGCUCCUGAAGGAGGAGGGGCUGUUCUGGGGACAGAGCAGAACUGCCAGCCCCCUCCUCCUCCUAAUGGCAGCGAAGAGGGACCUCUUCCCUUCGAUGGACGUGAUUCACCAGAGCCAAGCACCAGUAACGCAGAGCCCUCAACCAGCCGGGCAUCCCUGAACUUUCAGGAGUAUGUGCUAUCUCGACCUCCUCUGAGUCGUUCUCACCUCCACUUUCCCCCGCUGGAUGCCUCUUCGCCGACCCUGGGGGCCUCCAGCAGCCUCUUCUCCCAACCAUCCACCUCCUCAGCCCCUGGACCCUUUUCCACAGGCUUCUCUUUGGUCAAAGAAAUCAAAGAUAACCUCUCUCAGCACGAAGAUGAUAACAUCUCCACCACUAGCGGCUUUUCCUCCCGUGCCUCAGACAAAGAUGUCCCUAAUUCCAAAACGGCAUCACUUCCCCAACUGUGGUCCCCAGAGAUGGACAGAACACACUCUGGGCCUCAACAUGCCCAGUCCAGUCUGAAAAGGCCUGCUUUCAACCUGUCUGUAUUUGGAACUUCCUCCAAUUCAUCAUUAAACAGCACAGUGCUAAACUCCAGCCAGCUCGGAGAUUCACCCUUCUACCCCGGGAAGACCAUGUAUGGUGGAGCUGCUGCGGUCAGGAGCUCUCGUGCUCGUCCUGGAACACCGUACCAGGCCCCAGUGAGGAGACAGAUCAAGGCCAAGCCUGCUGGUGCUCAGCCCUGUGGGGUGACGAGUGCCACAGCCAGACGCAUCCUUCAGUCCUUGGAGCGCAUGUCAAGCCCGCUGGCUGAUGCCAGGAGAAUCCCAGCAGCAGCCGCCUCCUCCCCCCUGUCAGCAUCAAUGGAUGGCACAAAUCUAGAUGUUUCACCUUUCCAGUCGAAAAAAAAACGUAUGGAUUCCACCCUCCCACCGGUGCAGAGGUUGGUGGUUCCUGCUGCAGUGUCGGUCUCAGGAAACCGCUCUGUCUCCUUCAGGCCGACGUUGACUCCUGGAGGAGUGAGCCGAACUCUGGACAGGACCCCAAAAGACACGCCCACAAGACAAUCACCGCAACUACCUGAAGCAACCCCAUCUCGAAGCACAUUGGGUUCCAGUAGCCCAGCCUAUCCUCUGUUCAGCACGCCUGCAGCCAGCAGCGUGAGCUCUGGAGGAGGAAAGAUGAAGAGAGAGAGGACCACUACACGGCCUUCCUCUAAACACCCUGAAGAGGAGGAGGUGUCUGAGGUACUGGACCUACCAACCAUUUCACUUCCCAUCAGCACCUCUGCCUUGCCCACCUUCAGCUUCUCCACACCUCUUCCACCUCUCACCACCUCCACCACCAUCAGCACGUCCCCCAAUCUCACACCUGUGACUCCCGCUAAGGAAACAGUCACAAAUAAGGAGCCACAAACGACCUCACCCCUCUGUGCACCGUAUACAUUUUCCUCCCCUAUUGUCAAAGCAACUGCUGCUAGUCCUCCUUCCUUUUCCCCCUCAGCUGGAUUCACGUUUAGUGCACCUGUAGCAAAGUUAGCUCCCUCCAUGUCAAAUGGGAAGCUGGCCUCUCCCAUAGUGGCUGCAGUGAAGUCAGUAGCUUGCAAAAGCACAGAAGAUUUUGAAGGACCCUUCAAACCAGCCAAGACCCUGAAGCAGGGCAGUGUGUUGGAUCUUCUCAAAGCACCUGGCUUUGCCUCUCCUGUUGUUCGGACUUCCCCCGGCCCAGACAACGCUCUCCUGCAGAUCUCCACACAAUCCACAGCCCCCUCCUCCACCACCUCAACCACCUCCUCCCUCUCUUCAACAGCGUUUGGAGAUGCAUUCAAAGCCCCGCCAGGCUGGAGCUGUGAUGUCUGCAUGGUGCAGAACAAGCCAUCAGACACAAAGUGUGUUUGCUGUACAGCACCACAGCCCAAUUUAUCCUCUGGCAAGUCUAUGGACAGUAAACCUUCAGCCGCCACCUCGGUUGGGCUAGAGAGCAGCGGCAGCAUGAACACCACCUCCACCACUACAACCACUGCAGGUUUUGGCACAAUUUUCUCCAAACCUGCAGGAACUUGGGACUGUGACACAUGCCUUGUUCUAAACAAACCUGAAGCAGUAAAGUGUGUGGCCUGCGAAACGGCCAAACCUGGGACAGGGCUUAAACCCUCACUGACUCUUCCUUCUGCCUUCUCAGCUGUUAAGUCUGUGUCCACACCCACAGCCCCCCUUUCUACAGGGUUCAUUGGAUUUGGAGACAAGUUCAAAAAACCUGAGGGUGCAUGGGAAUGUGAUACAUGUUUGGUAGAAAACAAGGCAGAGGACACAAAGUGCGUGGCCUGCAUGAGCGCUAAACCAGGAGCUUCAGCUGGAGCCUCUUCAGCCAGCAGUGCUCCAGUGUUUGGGUUGGGAGACGCAUUCAAGAAGCCAGUGGACGCCUGGGAUUGUGACGUCUGUCUUGUACAGAAUAAGGCUGUUGAUGUACAGUGUGUUGCCUGUCAGGCAGCCAAACCUGGAGCUAGCGUGGAACCCAAAGCUUUUGGUUCAUCUUUUGUUUCAUCAGCUGGUGGGACUUCCGGCUCUAGUUCUGGAGGUUUUAAGUUUGGUACAUCAGACAGUACGUCUGUAUCUGGUUUCAAGUUUGGAGGCUCAUUGACAGAGUCCUCAUCGUCAGGUGGAUUCAAAUUUGGUGUCCCAUUUGGAAGCUCCUCCUCAGAAACAACUUCUAAAGACGAUACUGCCUCAUCAGGGUUCAAAUUCGGCAGCUCAUCUGAGGGCUUUAAAUUUGGGGCUGCCUCUAGUGAUGACAAAAAGUCAGACGAAACUGCCACAGGUUCUGGGUUUAAGUUUGGAACCAGCGGUGGGAUAGCAUUUGGAACUGGAUCAUCUAGCACAGUAAAUAACUCCCCUAAGGGUGGCUUCACUUUUGGACUGUCAAAACCGGAAGAGAAAACCUCAGACACCACUUCAUCCUCUGUUAGUUUCACUCCUCCUGCUUCCUCUCAAGAGAAAAGUGACAAUGCAGCAUCAUCGAAUGACACCACAUCCACCAACUCCUCCACCACCACAACUACCACCACUGGGUCUGUAUUUGGGAGAUUGGGCGAGCGAAGUUUGGCGGCCACAACACCGCAAGGUGGCUCUACGUUUGGAUCCUUACAGGCAGACAAAGAGUCAGCUGCUCCCACCUAUACCUUUGGGAAGCCAGACGAAAAGAAGGAAGCCACUGCCUCCUCAGCUCCGUCUGCCUUCCUCUUUGGUGCUGCUAAUAAAGAUGCAGAUGCUGCACCGGCCGCCUCAGGAGGAUUUUCCUUCAGCAAGCCCAGUGCUCCAACAGAACAACCUCCCCCUGCGUAUAAUUUUGGCAAGCCAGCAGACAAGAGUGAAACGUCUACCACUGAGGCCUCAACGGGACCCUCUUUUACCUUUGGACAAAGUGCUACAGAGUCUUCUGCUGCUCCUAAACCCGCAUUUUCCUUUAUGGCUAGUAAUCCCACCAACACUGUCAACUCCACCACCUCGUCGUCCACCACCCCGACACCCAGUCUGUUCGGCGGCAGCAGCAGCUCCACUCAGGCUCCUGCUCCUUCUGCAGCUCCUAGCAAUUUCAUGUUCGGUCAGCCGGCUGCAACCGCAAGUGAUGCUCCUCCAGCUAAAGCCUUCGUCUUCGGACAGAGUCAGGACAGCCAGCCGGCUGCCCCGUCAGCUGCUCCUCUGAACUCUACUCCAGCCCCCUCUCAGCCCUUCCUCUUUGGUGCUCCUGCCAGUGCUGCUGCUCCUCCUCCAGCUGCUGCUCCAUCCUUCGGCUUUGGAGCAGCAGCUCCUGCUGCGGCUGCUGCUGCCGCCUCCUCUUCAGCUCCAUCUGCAGCUCCCUCUCCAUUUGCAUUCAGCUCGGCCUCCUCUGGUGGAUUCGGGGCCAACCAGGCUCCUUCAUUCGGUUCAUCCUUUGGAUCCCCCUUCACAGCCACACCUUCCCAGCCCCCAGCAUUCGGAGCCAAACCCAAUGCCGCCCCUGUCUUUGGACAGCAAACCAACUCCACACCUGUAUUCGGGGCAGCUGCUAAUUCUGCACCAGGUGGAGGCUUUCAGUUUGGAGCAGCCAGUGCAUUUGGAGCCACAAACAACGCCUCAGGAGGAGUGUUUACUUUUGGAGCAGGAUCAGCAGCUUCUCCUGCCCCCCCAGUCAACCCCUCCAUUGCACCCCAGCCAGGACCGCCUGGAGGUGGAUUCAACUUUUCACAACCCCCCGCAUUCAAUAUGGGGUCAGCGAAGUCCUUCACUGCCUCCCCUGCUGGACAGCAAGCGAUUGCUGGGCGAAAGAUCAAGACUGCGGUGCGACGCAGAAAGUAGAGCCCAGUGGACCCAACUAUAAAGUAGACUUGACUUUGACUUGACUGUAUCCCCACUGAAGGCUGAGUAAAGUCCUUGUCAGCUAGACAAACACUGAAAUGACUUUGCGUGAGAAGAAGGGCCGAGGCUUUGGGCCACUUGGUGCUCGGGCUGGACGGUAAGGCCUUGUUUCAGCUGUAGGCUGGGCUGAUUAUUCUGAGGUUUUCACAUGUAGACUGGAGCUGUUAAUAUGUGAGACUAAUCCCACAGGACUUCACCUGAAAAACUGUUGACUGAACAAU